AUGGUUUGCUCGUAUUUUGCUUUGUCCAUUACCCUUUUGUGCACAGGUUACAUUUGCGAGACCAACUCCUUGAAAGAUCUCAAAACGAUUGGAAGGAUGAUGGAUUUCGAGUUCUAUAGGAAUAAUCCACCACCACCGUUUUUGUGCGUGGACGUGUGCCAAAUAUCGCCUUCUCAAUCAGCUUCGACACUUUCUGUUGCUUCAGCAGGAGCGAAUUCGGCUAGCCCACCUUCAGAAGUUCCACCUUCAGAAGUGGCUGAAGCCGCCAAUUCAGCAGCCACCGAAUUCGUUCGAGGUAUACUUGACGACGAGCGAGCUUCUGCAAAUUUAUCAAAAUGUCAAGAGGAAUUGCGAGAAAUGAAAAUGGAGGCAAUCAAAGCACGUUUGUUAAGGAACGAAGAAAGGCGAUUAGCUCGCCUGGAGGCAGAGAGAGCUCACCUAGAUGGAGUGGGAAGGACUUUAGCUACCCUUCGAGGGAUAGAAAACCCUGAAGAUUAUAAAAAGGAAAGAAUUGUUUUGGAUUCGAGAGGUGUACCGAUCUCACAGCCACGUCGUCGAGUCAGAAGCACUUAUGGCGGAGGAGCUGUCGUUAUCCCUACGAAUGUGCAGUCGACUCUCGACUUAGAUUUACCUCCGCUGCCUCCGAGGCCCACAGAUCCUGCGGAAAUCAGGAAACUU